AUGCCUCCGCUCCCCAGGCUCCUCCACCGCCACCUCUCAGUCCCGCUCGCCCGCCGCCUCACCCCUUGCCAUCCGUGGCAGCCCGCGGCGGACGCCUUCCUCCGCCGCGGGCUCGCAUCUUCCUCCGCCGCGGCCGCCGCCGCCGCGGCAGCGGGCCGGGAGAAGAGCUCUAGGAAGACCCUGGGUUACCUUGUCGGCGUGGCAGUCGCCAUGGUCGGCGCCUCCUACGCCGCCGUCCCGCUCUACCGCCGGUUCUGCCAGGCCACCGGGUACGGCGGCACCGUCCAGCGCCGCGAGAGUGUAGAGGAGAAGAUCUCCCGACAUGCUCGAGUCGGAACGACGCCAUCAAGAGAGAUAGUUAUCCAAUUUAAUGCUGAUGUUGCUGAUGGAAUGCCAUGGAAGUUUAUUCCUACGCAGAGAGAGGUGAAGGUUAAACCUGGUGAAAGUGCUCUUGCAUUUUAUACUGCUGAAAAUCGCAGUUCAGCUCCAAUUACUGGUGUGUCAACGUAUAAUGUUGCUCCGAUGAAGGCUGCAAUUUACUUCAAUAAAAUACAAUGUUUCUGCUUUGAGGAGCAAACACUUCUUCCAGGGGAGCAGAUUGACAUGCCGGUAUUCUUCUACAUUGACCCUGAGUUUGAGACGGACCCCAAAAUGGACGGGGUGAACAACAUAGUUCUUUCCUAUACAUUCUUUAAGGUGAAAGAGUAG